GUCGAAAUGGCUUCCCCUCAACCAACUUCGUCUGCAUCACUCACGCCUAAGAAAGACAAAAAGGAUGAAUCUCUACUUGAUAAGAUCGGAACCUUAGCCAGAAAAAAGAAAAUCAAAGAAGUAAAUGAACUAGAAGAAGAGGGGAAGAAUGCCAUUGAGUCCCCAACGAGCCCAUCCUUACCAGAUGUUGGACCUGAGGGGUAUUUGCUUGAGGAGAAUGAGGAGCCCAUGAUUGAACCCGCCUCAAGAGAGCUCCCCAAGGUCAAGGAACUGAUCGCUAUCUUACUGGAUUGGAUUAAUGAUGAACUAGCAGAUCAUCGUAUUAUAGUCAAGGACAUUGAAGAGGAUCUGUUUGAUGGACAGAUUCUUCAAAAACUCAUUGAAAAACUUGCCAAUAUUAAGGUUGAAGUGGCAGAAGUCUCCCAGUCUGAAAUCGGACAGAAACAGAAGCUGCGUGUGGUUCUAGACUGGGUGAAUAGAAUCCUGAAUUUACCAAUCAGGUGGAAUGCCCAGAAAUGGAGUGUGGACAGUAUUCACUCUAAGAACCUCGUGGCAAUCCUUCACCUGCUGGUGGCACUGGCUCGUCACUUUCGUGCUCCCAUCAGGCUCCCUGAGAACGUUUGUGUGUCAGUGGUGGUUGUUCUGAAGCGGGAUGGGUUACUUCUGCCCAGGCGAGUCAUGGAGGAAAUCACUACUACAAACGAAGACAUCGGUGCUCGGUUUGAGAGGGAUGCCUUUGAUACACUGUUUGAUCAUGCCCCAGAUAAACUUAAUGUUGUGAAAAAAUCAUUGAUCACAUUUGUAAACAAACAUCUAAACAAAAUCAACUUGGAAGUCACUCAGUUGGAACGUCAGUUUCAUGAUGGUGUUUUUCUCUGUCUGUUAAUGGGCCUUUUAGAGGGAUACUUCGUGCCUUUGUACAGCUUUCAUCUCACCCCAACAACUUUUGAGCAGAAGGUUCACAAUGUGGCUUUCUCCUUUGAGCUGAUGCAGGAUGCAGGCCUACCACAGCCUAAAGCAAGGCCCGAGGAUGUUGUCAAUUUGGAUCUGAAAUCAACCCUACGUGUGCUCUACAAUAUCUUCACCAAGUACAAGGGCAUCAGCUAGAUCUGGACCUCGUGACCUUGUGUGCUGGCCUUGUCAUGAUGGCUUGUCAUCGUGUUUGACGGCUAAAAAUUUACUGCCAUGGUUUCCUCACUAUAAGCAUCUCUGUGUGAAUCUCCUCUUUCAAACUGAAACUCCAGGUAUUGGGGUUUUAGUUACACAGCUCACCUGUCUCACAAGUUGUGAUGGAUCCAGCCUUGACGUCUUCCAUUUGUCUGUAUCUGUUUUUCCACAAAAGUCAGAUGAAUUCUGAGAAUCACAUUUGUUUGACCAGACACCUAUUUUUUAGGCCUUCACUGACUUUUAAUUUGUAACUGAAACUUACCCAAAUGUGUUCAGUGUUUGCUUCUAUAAUAAUUGCAAUUUUUAUUUUCGUUAAGUAGAAUUGUAGCUUUCUGUUCAGAAAUUUGAGCUGGGAUCCACUUGUCAGAAUAUAAAUUGGUCACUUUGUAUUCAUAUCAAAAGCUGCUUACCCCAAAAUUUGUCAUUUUUUACCAUUGUGGCAUAUUUUUAUUUGACCUAAUGAAAACAUCAAUUGGUGUCAUUUUGUUCGACAACAUUAACAUCUAUUGCUUAAUUUGGACUUCCAUAAUUUACAUCUUUAAUAAAGGAUUGAACAGCUGUUAUCUGCUGUAAAAAGCAAACAUUCAGUAUUUGAACAGCUUUGGACAUUGAUGACCAUGUGGACACUGAUAUUUAUGAUUUAUGAAACUGAUAACCAAAUAAGGAUAUAGUGGUGGUGAUGAUAAUAAUAAUAUGUAGGCAACUUUGAUUAUGCAAAAUAUUUAUGCAUGUGAUUUGUUAUUGCUGCUUGACAAGAUUUGGAUGAUGCUCUUCUUAUAAAGCAAACUGUUUCUUACUUGUGCUAUGUUACGUUUGAUAAAGGACUUAAUAUUGCAUUUACUGCUGGCAAGUGAAAGAUGCUGUCCCGUGUAUGAAGGACUGCCUUAGUGCCUGGCUCUGAUCCCAAACUUGAACAACCUUAAAACAAGCCAAAAUGACGCUUGCAGACUUUUAAGCCUCUGAAUGAAAGAAAUGCGUGUGCGGAAACAAAACUUUGAUUGGUAACCAUUUUAUAUUUGAUUGAAUUACUUGUCACAUUUAAUGUAGCUUGACUAGUUUGGGUGCUGAACAGUUAGGGGACCCAAAACUUUUUUCAGGAACUAAGAUAUUACCCUGACUCCUGACUGAAUACAACUGAAUGUUAUUAGUUAUUAUUACCCUCCUUGAAUUAAGAUAAUUUUGAAGUGAAAUAUUUCAUCAGCGUAAGUGAUUGACUUAUUUCAUGCCAUUUGUAGUGCAUAGCAAAACCAUAUUUUCAAGGCAAAUGGCCUGUGUAAUCUGAUAAAAUUUCAUCUAAAAGCUGUCUGAUACUUUGGCUGAAAGUAAGUUUUGUAUUUUUCUGGAAACUUGUGGAAACUGAUCUUGCCAGCAGAGUAUAAUAUACUUGUACAUGUAUAUGGUAGAUAGCUAUUUUAAUACUGUCAUAAUAGAAAACAUUUUGUAGAUUACUAUUUAUAACAAUUAAACUUGUUAUUUAUUUAC